ACACCUACUUUUUGACCCUUGAUGUUACAAUAACUCGCGAAAAACUCAAUAUUAUGAGCUCAAAUUUUUACUGAGAACUAUCAAUGGUCAGAUACAUAUUCAAUAAAAAUUUCAGUAAGAUUGAGUGCUCUGGGAAAAAAGUUUUUAGAGAGGGGGCCCUUAAGAAAUGAAGGAUAUAAUACCUUGAAAAAUCGUGAAUCAUCAAUUAAGUUACCGGAAAUAACUAAUGCUGUGUUGAUUAUGGAUGAAUUUGAUAAUUUAAUAUUGGAUUCAGACGAACAUCUUCAAUAUGUUCAUGAUUUUGAUGUCAAAAUAUCAGAUCCCAAUACAAAUUUUAAUAGGAAAGAAGAUCUCGAAAAAUUAUUUGAUAAAGAAUUUAUUAAGAAAUGCCAUUCAAAAAGCAAACUUCCAAAUCGGGAAAUCGAACCCCGGCUGUCAUCACAACUGUUUACCUGUUUGUCACGUCAUCCAAUUACACAUGAUGAAGAUGAGUUUUUCGAUCAGGAUUACGGAAUUCAGUCAAAACCAUUAGUUAGCAUUACAACUCGAUCAAAAACCAGACCUUUCCAGCAACAAUCAGCUCCAGCACCAACAUCUUCAGAUCUGCAACAAACAGUUGAUUUAGAUCCACAUGAAGAUCAAGAUUCAUCUAAAAAUCAAGAUCAAAAUGUUCCAAUAACAGCCAUUGCACUUCCCGAUAGUACAGCACAAUCAACAGCAAAAGCAUUAUUUAAAGAAUAUAUCUGUCAUUAUGGUGUCCCCAUUACUAUGUUAUCUGACCGUGGUCCUCAUUUUCAAAAUCAUUUGAUAGAAGCUUUAUCAUAUUUAAUUGGCUAUAACCACAUCUAUUCUACCACAUAUCAUCCGCAAACGAAUAGUAUGGUAGAAAGAUUUAACGCAACUUUCGUUCCACAGUUAGCAAAGCUUCAACAAAAAGAGUAUAACAAUUGGGACGAAUACCUCCAAGCUGUGGUGUUCGCCUACAAUACUGGCCAGCAUUCAACCACCAACUAUUCACCAUAUGAAUUACAAUUUGGAAGACAACCUCGGCUAUCAACAGAUUCUCCAUCGCAAUAUCUGGUUUUUAACAAACCCAAUGAUUAUUUUGAACAGUUAAAAAGAAAUUUGAAGAUUUACUAUCAAAAUGCACGAGCAAAUAUUUUAAAACAACAGCAAUCAUCAAAACAAUGA